AGGGGCGGUACCAGGACUCUGGUAGUUUGUUGUAUGUAUGUACACAUAUAUGUUGUUCCCGAUAGACAAUUUUCGUGUCUUUUGAGUCCCACAUAGUUUUGGCAUCUUCAUCAUACGAGUUCAUAUUUGAUCAACUGGCAUUUGAUAGUCUGUCAUUAACGGGCCUUCUUGUCCUAGAAUCACGAGACAAAAAAUGUCGCAAAACACCAGCCACUAUACUGAAGCCGCGCCGCUCUUGGCGCCGGCAUUAGUGCCGGCCUCCACAGAAGAAGGAGUCGAACGGAGCAGAGAUCAUAAAGCUGCAAGGUCGUGUGGUUUUGUCACUUUGCGCUGCUUCCCGUAUGUGACGACGGCGUAUCUGCUUUUCAUGAUGAUUUUGGAAAUCCAGAAUAUCACCCAGAAUUGUGCUGGAGUGCCGGAGCCUGGAAGGAAUGCGAAUCCGCCACGGCUGAAACUUUGGGCAUACGGAGGAGAGAACGGGGUCCCGAACGGACGGACAGUGCACAGUGUGCUGCAGGAAGAGGUUCGGCCCGUGUUUUGCAUGAAUAAUGGAAUCUGGUCGCGCAGCACGUUCUUGAGCUCCUUGCUGCAUACGAAUUUCAAAAAGCACUAUCUCCCGAACAUGAUAAUUCUUACGUGGACGGUUUUGCUCUCGGAGAUGCGAAUUGCCUACCACCUUUGUGUCUUAAAGAAGUACCAUUUUCUUCUCACGCCGACCAUUUGGCUGAUCCUGUUGGUACUAGCCCACGUGGUCGCGUCGGGAUUGAAGAUCGCAGACAGGCUGCAUAAUAAGUAUGGAGAGACAAUUUACGUUUUCCCUGAUCUGGAAGACUUGAACGAAAGAGUCGGCGCUGCCACAAGACUGGAACAAGAGGCAAGGAGUGCUGUGUCGGCUGGAAGGUUCUCGACGCUAUACGACUUUUACUUUUUCAACGAGUGGACGCGCGCCAUCAUCAGAAGUCCCAUCCUGGUCAUGGGGGGCGGAUCCAGUACGGUGCUGUACCAGUACUUUCCGGUCUUCUUCAGCCUAUUCUUCGUUCUACCCAACAUUAUGACCGCUACCGCUUAGUUCUAACCUUUUAAGUCUAGGAAUCAGCCUUUAAAUAAACUUUAACUUGUUUUUUAGAGGGUUACCCCAUGGCAAGGUAAUGUUAGGUAAGAGCACCCCAGGAUAAGCCUUUUAAGCAAGAGGUAAGAUGACAUCAUGAAUAAGCCUUUUAAGCAAGGUAAGAGCACUUUCCGGUCUUCUUCAGCCUAUUCUUCGUUCUACCCAACAUUAUGAACACUCGUACUACAGUUUAUUUAGUCACAAUCACCUACAAGGAUUGAUUGAAAGAACACUUUUCGGUCUUCUGCAGCGCUAUUAGAUCGUCGAAUAGCUACUGUUAGCAGCCUAAGAUUUUUUUUCGAGAACUACAGUUUUAGUCAAUCACAACACUCGUACUACAGUUUAUUUAGUGACAAUCACCUACAAGGAUUGAUUGAAAGAUAACGUAGUUUUAUUGCUCUUAAUAUUGUUCUCUAACCUUCCGCGAGGUUGUUGUAAAUCCUGCAAGUCCAGCUGUUCUGGUGAACCCAGGGACGAGGACCCCGAAGCACAUGAGGGCGAUCCGUUUUAUUGCACCGCGGCCUCCUUCGUCAACAAUUACAACUUAUGAACAUUCUCAUUCUGUACAUAGAGACAUGAAGAUUAUCUGAAUUAGGUCUUGAGGCAUUGUACUUAUAUAGACUAAAAUCUGUGAAUGACUACAUGUACCUUUUUGGAUACUGGUCUCUGUUGGUAGAGAAACAAUGGCACACUAUUUGAAACAAUAUUUCAGACGAGAUGUUGUCUCCAAAAUCAAAGGAUCUACCUUUACUGAUACUCCGAGCUCUGUGCAAGUCCUCUCGAUCCUUUCUGUCCAUUUACAUCUUCAUCUGCGACGAAUACGAGUACGAGUAGAAGAACAACGGCAACUCGUGGGAUGGCGCGUGAGGUGCUCCUGUGGUUCCUGCAUAUUUUCGGAGCACUUCUGAUUCCCCUCACGAUUUCGGUGAUUGUGGUAAUCUGUCGUAAGCUGGGUGCCCACAACCUUCCCGAAAAUGUCUUUAUCCACUACAGUGCUGUGGGAGUCGGGUACGCCUGGUCAAUACUACUCUGCUCAUUGCUGUGGUGGCUACUCUCCUCGAAGAAGACGGAGAAGCCCAAGGAGCAGGGGACCACCGAUGAGACCUUUUUUAAGCCUUCGAUUGUUUACAACUAGCGUUUGGAUUUUAGGCUAAGGCUCCUUACAAGUAGUUCUUUUUAACAGGAGGAGCGUUUGUUAUUUACUCUGAUUGAUUUACAUUCUGACUGGCACUAUUAUUAGUCGUGUAAAAAGUAUCUUGUUUGAGUUUUUCCCUAUCUCUUCCUUGUGUUUCUCCUUUCUGGGGUGGAUGACAAGCAAGUAUCGAUGAACAGCUUGGUGACAAAAGACGGCAAAUGCAUAUCGACCCCGUCUUCAUACAGAGUACCUACAAUCUAUAUAUGCGCCAUGAGUGCUUAUCUGAGUGCGCCGGUUUUCUUGAUACUUGCUCCCAAAAGCUAGCGAUGAUACUACUGAAAUAACUGAUACUACUGAUAUUAUUGAAUAAUACAUUUUCCCUCAUUGAAUUGAAGUCGAAGGUAAUAAUUGAAGAUCUGUCUGCUCUGGACAUGUGCUACAAUGAUGUAAGAUAUUGGAUUAUUACAUGCAGAAUACAUUCACGAUCAUCUGGAACACUCUACAUGCAGAAUACAUGCACGACCGUGUGCCCUAUCUGGAUGAACCCUUGCCAGUACUCCUUCCAGAAUUCAGUUAGCUCCUUGCCUCGGCAGUAGCAGGACAUCCAAAAUAGCUGGGACAUGGAUCUAUUAGCGAUCAGCCUCGGCAUAGUAUCGUACCCUUUUUCCAGGAAACCCAAACAAAAAAAGGAACAUCAAAACGCAUACGCGGCAGGCUGGAUAAAGAAGGCGAUAAUCAAGUUCAAGUCCAUGUCCAAUAUCCGUCAUCGGCCG